AACAACUAAAAAAACAUAAUAAAGCUUGCUCCGAAAAUUUUCCCUCGUCUUUUUCUUAUAAAAAAACCUCUUCUUUUACAAAUUUACUAACAUUCCCACCCUUUUCUUUACUUCCCACCCAAUUAACCCCAGGUCGGCGCCGCAUCCCGAAGCUCGAGCACAGCCUGGACGACACGGACGAGGACCUGGACGUGAAGACAAAGUUUCCGCUGGACCUGAAAAUGGUGGUGGGUCGCAAGGGCCGGCCGAUGCUGCUGAUGGGCGGGUACGCCUUCUUCCGGAACAACAGCAACAAAAACAAAACGUACUGGCUCUGCGCGAAGAGCCGCUCGCUCAAGUGUCGCGCCCGGAUCAUCACGCUGGACGGGAGUGCCGGUCUGAUACUGAAAAAUCAGAUCCAUAAUCACGAUCCGUGCGAGAAACCCGAAUAGUAGAGGGGGGUUUAACCUUUUCUUUUAGUAACAAUUUCCUUCUAUCGUGUGAAUUUAAUGAAGAUUAGUGAAUAAAGGUUUCUUUCAGGUAGCUUUGAAUUU